AUGGCGUCUGAGAACAGUACUUCGCGCAGCGCUUCUUCUGUUGCCGGUAACCGCAGUGCGUUCGCUUCUCCUCGGUUCCUCCGUGCUGUUAGAUCUUCUUCGACAGCCACCACAACGCCGAUGUACUUUUUUACACUUUCUCCUGUCGCGUUGGCAUGGAUGUUCUAUGUCGUGGUGCCGGUGUUGUGCCGACUCGGUGAGGGGGAUGAUAAGAGUGCGGUAACGUCGGCUGCGGCGGAACCGCGGCGCCACGUCGCGCCCCCGAGGGUGCUGAUCACCGACUACGCGGAAGAUGAGUUCUCCGACGAGGUCGCAGCGGGCACGAUGUUUCUGGACGAGGAGGAGAGUGCAGCUUUGCCCCGGGAUGACCUUCCGCUACAUGAUGGUGCGCCGGGAGGUAGUUCCACGGCUGCGACCACGAGGACCGUGACGCCAGCGCCCGCUGUUCUAGCGGUGAGUGACACCGGCGUGACGGAAGAAGUAGAACCCACCUCCGCUGGUCAGGC